GGCGCGGAGGAGCCUGGAGAAACCGCGGAGAUGCUGAGCUCGCCUUGGGCUCGCUUCUACUCUAACAGCUGCUGCCUCUGCUGCCAUGUCCGCACCGGCACCAUCAUCCUCGGCGUCUGGUACCUGAUCAUCAAUUCAGUCGUAUUGCUGAUUCUGCUGAGUGCCCUGACUGACCCCGACCAGUACCACCUAACCAGUGCUGAGCUGGGGGGUGAAUUUGAAUUUAUGGAUGAUGCCAAUAUGUGCAUUGCCACAGCGAUUUCUCUUCUUAUGAUUCUGAUCUGUGCGAUGGCUACGUAUGGCGCAUAUAAGCAACAUGCAGCUUGGAUCAUUCCUUUCUUCUGUUACCAGAUCUUUGACUUUGCUCUCAACACGUUGGUUGCCAUCAGUGUACUCGUCUAUCCCAGCACAAUUCAGGACUAUCUCCGUCAGCUGCCCACCAAUUUCCCCUACAAGGAAGAGAUUAUGUCUGUGAACCCUACGUGUCUGGUUGUGAUUAUCCUCCUUUUCAUAAGUAUCAUUCUGGCUUUUAAGGGUUACUUGAUAAGCUGCGUGUGGAACUGUUACCGAUACAUUAAUGGCAGAAACAACUCGGACGUGUUGGUGUACAUUACCACUAAUGACACUGCGGUCCUGUUGCCACCAUACGAUGAUCCUGGGAAUGGAGCUGCUAAAGAUCCACCACCACCUUAUGUGUCAGCAUAACUGAGAGAGAGCUGUGUACCUAGGAAAGAUAGCUUUACUUUUCAGACAUUGGAGCAAUAGUUUGACGAUUUCCUUUCCAGGACAUAACCUCUAUGGGUUAUAUGUUACUGUUUUGGUGACAUGUUGAAACCUAAAUUGUAUGAUUAAAAUUCUGUAGAUAGUUUUAAUAAUUCGCUGCAACUCCAGUAGUCUUUCAGAAACUAGUGAACUAGUUCCAGAACAAUUCUGCAUAGUGCUAAGGUUACAGUAGUCACUGAGUAGCUCUUUCCACCAUGCAGUGCUAGAGAACAUAGAACUUUAUCAUCCUCUAUCAAGUUUAGAGUAUAACUUCCUUUUUUUUUAAUUUGUAAAACUUCCAAAGCAUUGCAAUUAUGUUUCUCAGAUGCCCACUUUCACCUUGAGAGUACAGACCAAGUCAAAAAAAGUGACAUUCCACUUCAUUCCUGUUCUGCAAGAAUUUACUAAGUUAUUAAGCUAUGAAAGAUGAGGACUGCAAGAAGAAGAAUGAGUCUUACCCACUAUUUUCAUCAACCUAGCUAAUGGGAAACAGAUUUAAUUGGAGAGAAUAAGUAUGAGAAAUGAGAGUAGACAAAGCAUUCUGUGGUGUGUAACAAGCCAGAACCUGUGGUAUACAUGGACUCACUUUGAACCAGCCUGCAACUAUUCUAAUGCUCAAAAAAGAGUUCUUACAAACUUCUGGUAAUUUUCUUUUCCUGCCUGCACACCUCUUUCCUCCCUACCAGUUUCACAAAUAGUAUUUUGAGGUCACAAAAUCCUUGCUUUUAAAGCCCCAUGGUUAGGUGACAAAGCUGUGUCUUUUCACACUCAAUAUGCAAAUGUUUUCCCACUGGAAUGUGCCUGUAAAUAUCGCAAUGUUCUGCUGAGUGUGAACUCAAUUAUGCAGAUUCUAAGAUAUAUGUUCCCAACCUAUGGGAAACUUAUGCAUGUGGCUUCCUCAAGCAUUAGCAGAAUAUUUUGAGUGUUUCUUGUAUACAUGAGGAUUUUAGAUUCCUUUCAUGACUGAACUGGUUGUGCUGAGAAUCUUUCUCAUGGGGCUCAUCUGUCUAUGAAGGCUUGUGUGAGGUAUUUAUUUCUUCCCCAGAGAAGUGCCUCCUGCACAUAUAACUUUUUGUUGUUGAUGAAGGUUCUGCUUUUAAUUGAAAAAGAACAGGGAAAGAGAAUAUAACAUGUGUCUCUACCUCUCAUCAUUUUCCCCUGUGUUACUCCCUCUACAUUUGGGGUGACUGAACAGGCUGGAGCUAGACUUAUGCUAUUGCACGCUGGCCCAGGUAAAGAAGGGUAGCGCAGAGCUGAGCCACAGUUUGGUGGGGCACCAGAAGAAACCAUGGUGCCAUCUCUCUUGUGACUGGGAUGGCAUGUGAGUCCACACCUUUCCUAAGGAGGAUACCCAUUCUUGCCCUCAGUGCAUCGACUCCAGUCUACCAGAUGAAGAAGAGUGGAGCUUUUCCUGGAAAAUUUUCCAGGAGAACACAGGACCAACAACUUUUCAUGGAGGUUGCCACUGUGUCCUGUCCUUGAAGAGAGGAUUUGUCUCUUCCAUGGGAAAAGGCAGGUCACUAUCUGCUUGCUGAUUUUACUUCAGGGUUCAUCUACUCUGAGAUCAAACUGAGCAAUCCUGACUGAACCAGUCCUGAAGUCCAUACAUUGAUCUCUGUCACAGCCCUAUUGCUUCCUUCAGACUAACUCCAUGUAUUGUUGUCUCAUUACAGUUACCUUUGGGAAUUAAGCUGAAUUUGAGAGUUGGAAUGGCUGUCUGGGCUUCUGAGCUUUAUUUUCUUUCAUUUUGACAGAUUUGUGAAACAUUUUAAGCAGUCGUCUAUUUGAGAAAAGCUGGUUGUAAAUACAUUGCAUCUGUGUAUACAAAGUUCUCUACAAUAAAAGGGUGUUUCCUCAA